GCUUGCAGCAGACCUUUCUGUCGGCCAGCGAGCGCUGAUUUCAUCCCCCCCUGCGCACGUUGGCACGUCCUUCGCCAUGAACAGCCGAGUUUAUAAAUGGAGGCGCUGCUGUCGUGUGAAACUAUCCGAGGACUUGCAAGAAACGCUGCUGGGCGCUGUUGCAAACAACACUGCAGGCAUAGAGCUUCCACCGAAGCAUCCAGAGCAGUAUUCAGAGAGCGAAGGUCUCUCCGGAGACGCCCCGCCCGCACCGGCUCGGAAGAGGCACCUCGAUACGACAACUGAGAGCGAUCCAGCGCCCGCGAAGAGAGCCCGGUUGACACGGGCGGAUACACAACGGCCUGCAGUUCAGGACGAAAGAGCAGAGCCAGCGGACGAGGCCGCUCUCCAGCAGCCAAAGCCGAACCCUCCCAAGCGUCCAUACGCCUCGUUCCUCAAAGACUUUGUCGAUCCCAUUCGUCCCGAUCCCGGUCCCGCAUCCGUCCACACCUUUGUUUCCGAGUGGCUCGAGUCAGUCGGGUCAGGCGAGAAAUAUUGCCGGUCAGUCAGCCACCUGUACCAUUCAGGCGGCGACCCCAUUAGACAUCUCACGAGAUCGGCGCCGGAGAUGGGUCACACACGGGACGCCGAUGGGUUUGCGGUGCCGCCAACGCCGGCUUCUACCGGGUCGCGGUCACGUCGACCCAGUACAGCGGAUAAUCACAGUCAGUUCUCUGCUACCGGGGCAUCGGGCAGUUCUAGUCCAUCGUCUGGUGUCCGACAUCGAAUGUACCGCCAGAACAACUUGGCACUCAACGAUAUUUACAUUCGACCGUCUGCUGCCCCAUUGCCAGACGUCGUGGCCAGCCGCAUGGAGGCACUACGCGCCGACCGGGACUCCCCAGGGCUGUCGGCCGGAGAAAUGGACCGGGUUGUGGACCAGCUGGACGCUCUCGCAGAGGGAUGCGAUGAGGAUGACGUGGCGGUCUUCCUUAAUGAUACCAUAUUUCCUAACCCCAAAACCGACCCGGCUUAUGGUCCUAGUACAGGUUUGAUGAGUAGCUCCAGUGCUCUCAUGUCGCAGCAUCUCGUUCCUACCAACCCCAUAAGUCCGUACAAAGUUACUCAACCCAAACCAGACAAGUUGUAUGGGUAUUCUGGAAACCCUAAUGCGGCGUUUACGCAACCACAGCUCCUGGCUCAAACUACAAUCCAUCCACAAAUACCACACUAUCCGGCGGCAACGUCACAAGGCCUUCGGUUUCCGUUCUUCGCCAUCGAAUUCAAAGCUGCCGGAGGUACUCGAGGCGACCUCUGGGUUGCCACAAAUCAGUGUGCGGGCGCUUCAUCAGCCUGCCUCAACGCUGUCCACCAGCUAAAUACCUCGCUACCAAAGCAUCCCAGUGUGCAACAUAUCGACAACUUAUCCUACUGCGUUGCUGUAGACAACAAUACCGCCCAGUUAUAUAUAUCGUGGAAGGAGGAUGGCUUAAACUAUUACCUCCAGCGGGUGGAUGCUUUCCUCCUAUCAAGCCCAGAACAUUUCAAAGACUUCCGCAAAAAGGUUCGAAACAUUCUCGAUUGGGGAAAGGACAAACGCCUGAAGCAGAUCAAGGAUGCAUUGGAUAUCAUCCUUGAAGAAAGCAGGAAGAAGGCUGCAGAACAAGCGAAGACCCGUCAACCGCCAUCCGAUGAUUCCGGAUCCAGCGCUAGCAAGAGGCGCAAGCCGUCGCGUAGAAAUAGCGGCAGGCAAACACACGAUAAGGGACCAAGUCAGCCGUAUAGGGCAUCGUAUGGGACGGCAUCACAAGGCAUCUACCCCGACGCCGGCCAGCAAGACCAAAGUCAGGAGCUUGCAUCCCUUCACUCUGCCGCAGAACCGACAAGCUUCACAACAACUGGCUUCACAUCGAGCUUCGACAACAAUGAUCAUGAAGAUUCAUACAUUACCCAGUCGAGCCUUACUCCUCAUCAGCAGGAACCUUUCGAGACCAACGACUACGUACCCCAAGAUAUCGACGAUGGACUUGCAAGGUGUCACUACCCAGAAGACAGCCAGCAAGAUCAAGGUCAGGCGCUUGUGUCGUUUGAUGACGUCGCAGAAUCACAGGCGAGCUUCGUGGAUCCACUAACUGAAGAGCAGCCGACGGCCGAUGAUUACUAGACUUGGAGUAAGAGUCGCAACAAGUGGUACCACGUGAAUGGUGACGAGUCUCGUCAGUACGAGAAAGCGAGAUGAAGCCACAUAGCACGCGGGGGAAGCAUUUGGAAUGCGUUGGAGCGGAGCCCGGGCUCCCUGUAGCACAGUCUAUCUGUGAUUCACGUUUAUGUAUCCGAUAGUCGGAGUUCUGAACGCCCCGCAACCGUCUUUUGCAUGGGCUGGAAAACCGAGCCCUCAGUGUCGCAUGGCGACUUCUUCAGCCUCAUUUUGACUACUGCUAGAACUUGGUAUUGAUGAAUGGCAUCAAAGCCUGUAUGGCCAAAACCGGUGUAGGCCCCCAAGGCCGGGCACUUCUCCGUACAUUGUCCUAGCCGCUGGCCUUUUUAGUACGCGUCUGGGUAGGCGGUUGUACAACAUGCCAGAAAAGCUUGAGGUGUCUAUGGAUUUCGAUAUUGCGUCCUUGUCUGCAGGGACAUGAUCCGUCGCCGGAGCGUAAC